AUCAGCGGUAUAUAACCUAAUGUCUAAAGGGCAGUGCACAGACUGCACUGGAGACGCGACAUGGCAGUCACAAUGAUCGUCCACCUAGUGUGCGCCGUACUCACCACAGCCCUCUGUAAAGGUAAUCCCACCGACCCGGGCCGGCUGCGGGUGCUCAGUAUCUCAGCUGAACAGGAGGAGGGAUCAUUCAAGUACUCCGUCCAAUACAGGAACUCGAUCCAAGCAAACAGUUCCUGGGAGGUCGCGCAUAAUGGAGGCUUGCUUGGAAGUGUACUAGACGCUGAUGUCUACGAUAUAACAGAACGGUUCAGUGGUGGAGAGGGAUGGUCGGUGCUAACGUCCAAUAUUGAGAUUCCAAGAGCGAGCGCGGAUCUGUACACUAACGAUGCAAUGACGAGCUUCAUGAUUCUAUUCGAAGGGGUGACAGGGCACCAAACAGUACAAGGAAACGAGAUUCGAUUUCCCUUGGGUCAAGAUUUUUCUUACACUCCCGGCGAGCCUCUGGACAUCGUAGCACAGUUCGCCCAUGGGGACGAUUAUAACAUUAAUGUAGAACGGGACUUGAGCUGGGUCUUCUUAGGUAUUGAUAACUACCGUAUGACGCCAGUGCUAGAAAUGACAUCCAAUUACGACCCUAAUGUUCGUCGUUUUGUUUCAUUUGUCAAUACAACUCAAGGCAACGGCUAUACCGAAGCCUCCGCUACUGUAAAUCUGAUGUCACAGGAAGGUGUAGUCUUUGUUCAUGAAGCUGUUUAUUUUGAUACCAGACCCGAAUCCCCCAAUAUCUUUAUCACUGAUGGAUUCUACAUCCACCAAGAGGGUCACCCGAACAUAUUCCCAUCGAAUUUCAUUGGUUUCUUUACCAUUGGUGAGAUGUAUGGAAGAGGAGAAAACACAAGGUGCCGUGAGAACGCUAGCUGUUCCUUCGAAUGUAAUGCUGUGGGGCGGGAAAUUGAGUCAGUUGUCAUGCGUAACACCGAAAAUGGACGUGUCGUGGCUCCAGUCGAGGAAGUAAGCCAAGGUAUGGUACACUGGACAUCGUACAGACUUGACAACUUCAAUCGGGCGGACCAGGGAAAUUACGCGUGUACUGCCACUAAUAGGAAUGGUCUGACAAAGGAAAGGAUAUUCUCGAUCGAUCUAGAAUUGCCACCAACGGGAUUGCUCUGACAUUGGAAAGGAUUAUCUCGAUCGAUCUGGUUGUCCAUUGACACAUCCGAGAUUCGAAAUACAUGAAAACCUGAUGACAUGAAACAUACAAAAUGUAUUGGAGAAAUUGCAGAAGAGGCACGGAGAAAAUAGUGAGUGAGUAUGGUUUUACGCCGCUUUUAGCAAUAUUCCAGCAAUAUCACGGCGGGGGAGACCAGAAAUGGGCAUCACACAUUGUGCCCAUGUCGGGAAUCGAACCCGGGACUGUGGCGUGACGAGCGAACGCUUUAACCACUAGGCUACCCGACCACCCCCGGAGAAAGUAGUGGUUAGUCUCUCAUACAUGAUGGGGGACAAAUCUCCGAUAACUCCCAAGCAAGAUUACAACUGUUUGACAAAUCUAGAUUUCUUCAGUUUCUGAAAAUUAAGAUAUUCACUGGACUCCUUUCUAAGAUACUUUAAGAGACUAUGUAACCAAAGAGAAUUCUUAAACAACAUUUUAUUCAUUCCAGAUAUGUUAUACCUCACCAUACAUUUGGUUGUUUGGUAUUGGCUGAUAUGUAAUUUGACAGUUUUAGUAAUUUAGCCAAUAAAGUAUAUAUACUGCAA